UGGAAGAUGAAAAAUGCUUUAUCUUGAUUCCUCUGUUUGGUAACACGAAAAUAGAAGCAGCCAUGACUGAUGAUAAUAAAAUUCUCAUUGAGGUUAAGAAAAUCAGCGAUGAUGAUGGAAGUGGUAGUAGUAAAACAGUAGUUAUAUCUGGGGGCGAUGAUGAGCUUCCUCAGAUGGAGUUGUUAAAUGAAGAUAAAGUGUCUUCUACUAAUAAGUUUCCAGCAGAACAACCAGUUGUUGAUUCGAAAGAGACUGUGUGUUCUACGUUAGGCAAUGUUGAAGUAGAGGAGAAAAAUGAGAAAGGAAUGGAAGAGAUAGUUAAAGAACUUAAGAAAGUCCAGAAACAAAAUUCAAUAACUCAUUGUCUACUUUCUGUUAUGAUAUUGCUUACCGUAGCGUGGCAAUUAUCCGAGGUUUCACUCAUAUUAACGGUGAAGAAUAAGUUUACAAACCCUUUUAAGUCAGUUGGGAAUUUGAUUAAAGGGGCUAUCGCUGGUGGUGGUAUUGGGGGUGUUAGGGAAAGAAUUGUUGAAGGGAAAAGUAGCCGCGAAAAUGAUUCUAAAUCAAUAGUUUCAGAUUUUUGUUCGCAGAUUGAACCACCUCCUCUUCCCGAGCUAAGGAUUCCAGAUCUUGUGAAUAUGGACUUUCCUGGCUUAGGAUCAAAUGGUGGCAAUGAGGUUGAAUGAUGGAUGUUAUUUUUGCUGUCAUUCAUAGGAUUGAGUAAUUAAAUUAAAAACCUUUUCAUCUGUAAUCUGGUAUGUGUUUGUAAUCCUAUUUCAGCCCUGUUUGGAAUUGUCAGCUGUUGCUUUUGAUUGAAACAACAUAAAAUGGUGUCAGUAGUGGCAAA